AUGUCAAUUGAACACUAUAUAUACUAUUUUUGUGUAGACAUAAAUUCGACUUCCCCAUCAACGAUACCAACUGACAACCAAAGAAUUGCAACAUCAAGUGCCACCAUCCCACCAUCCCAGGGGGAAACAGGCAACAAACAGAGCAGUGUGGACAGUGACAGCGAUCCUGAUCUGAAAAGAGUUGCAACAUCAAGUGCCACCAUCCCACCAUCGCUGGGGAAAACAGGCAACAAACAGAACAGUGUGGACAGUGAUAGCGAUCCUGAUCUGAAAAUUAUUUUAAUAGCCACAGUUGUACCCAUCGUAUUUUUGGUAAUCUUGAUUGUGGUUGUUUGUUUCUUGUGUAAGCAUAAGAAAGUAACAAGGAAAAGAAAUAUUAGCAAAAAAGGUUCAGCAGAAAAUAGAGAUUCCUGGAGCCCAAAGCAGUUCAGACAUACAGACAGUUGUUUGCGAGGAGCAGACGCUUAUGUUAACCUACCAGAAAUGGACACAGCACAAACAUUUGGUGCUGAAACGAAUCCAGGCUACAGAAUCUCAGACGACCAACGUGUCACUCCACAAGAGAAACCUGUUUAUGCAACGCCCGACACGUGCAGAAAAAGAGAUAACAAGGGCGAGAAUCUGCAUAAGGAACCCGUUGAAGUAAAAAAGAAGCAAACCAAAGAUUCCAGUUUUCAUGAAGUGCCUGGUUACGAAACUCCCGAUCUCGAAAGAAAGGAAACAAAACGCGCAUAUUCCCAUGAAGUGUCUGGUUAUGAAACUCCUGAUAUAGAAAGACGAGCAAACAACGAUGGUACUGAAGACUCUGCUUAUGCAACGCCUGAUCGUGAUACGGGAAAAGAAGAGCAUGUUGAUUCUGGUUUAUCGACGGCUGAUAUUAAAAGGGUUGAAGUCAACGGAGAUUUGUAUGCUCUUCCGGAUAAAAAGACCAGAAAGAUCAACGGGUUAAGUUACAUGGAUCCUUCAUAUUUGGCUUCUGGGAGUCAGGAAAAACCCGCCGAAAGCGAUGAUCAGGUUGGCCAACCCACUGAAUACGCGGACAUCGUGGGUGUUGUGAAGGAAAAGAAAAAAAAGAAAAAGUAGAAGCAUUAAUGAAAUGCACAGGAGAAAUUCAGCAUUUGUACAAAUCCCAUCCUCUCCUUCCCAUAACCAGUUACACUUACGCAGGCGUGUAGUAGGCGUGUAUAGUAUCUAUACUUAAAUUUUUAGAGGUGAUUAUGAAUCAUGAAUGUUCUUAAAACUCAUGCAUCAUAGUCGAACAUCAGUGAACAAAAACCACUCGAUUUCAUCAUUUUUUUAUAUUUACCUAUACUAUGAUAAUCAUAAUUCCUUUUCAUUCUUCAAUUAGUUUAAAGCAAUCAUAACCAUGUAGGGACAGCGGAGCAAUGGCCAAAAAUGCAAUAUCAUUCGUCAGUUCAGGAAAAUUAUUAAACAAAAAAGUUAUUGGGAGACCAAGGCCUCGAUCCUCCGCUCCGCCGUUCCUGGAAGCUUUUUACGUAUACAGUUAUAAAAAAUCUUCUAAUUGUAAUGAACAAAUGAGUGGAAACAGCCAUGCUUGUAGGCUAGGGUGUAAAUAUAUAUAUAUAAUCCUUAUACGUCCAGCCGUCUUUCCGCCAUGUCACAACAAUGAGAGAAAUCUCUCAUUGUUGUGCGAAAAAAAUUCCAGCGCAAGCAAUUAAUAUAUAGCACGAAAAUACAAAAUUUGAACAAAAUUCAGAUAAAUUAUAUCACCUUGAACCAAGUAAUCAAACACUAAAUAUUCAAUAUUAAAGAACUCGUUCAAUACUCCGCAACUACCUAAAAGGUUUUUGGCUAAACUGGUGCAUGAGAAGCAAUUCUUGAUCCAGCGUGGUGGAACAUGCAUGUAUAGUUAAGAAAAA